AAUUUUUUGAUUUCAUUGUUUCCAGACUUUGUGAUAUAAAUAGAAAAACUUCGGCCACUUUUUCCCGCGUCUGCCCUUCCUCGUGCCAUGUACUGCUGAGACUGCUGCAAAGAAGAAAAAAGCAGAUAGAAAACUUUUUUAAUAAACGACCGGAAUUUGAGUGGAUCAGCAGUCGCGUGUGUGUGUGUGUGUGUUAUUUUAAGCAAAGGACUCGUGUGUGAAUAAUUUUUGCUACCGUCGCAUUGCUGAAAAGCGAAGCCAGGAUGAAGAAUUCCGCACUGCUCAACGUUCUGCACAAAACUGCCAAACUCGGCAGCAAUAAGCAGCAGAAUGGCAGUAAGACGUGGAUUCAUUCGCCAGAGGCGCUCCAGAGUAACCACGUCGUCUACCUGGUCAAGGGAUUGAAGCGUAAGUUUCUCGGGUGCACGGAGGUGGAACAGCCCAAAGGCACGGACGUGAUCCGCGAAGGCAUCCGAAAACUCAAGUUCAACCAGCAGCUGAAGAAAGCCGAGGGCGCAAAGCCCAACAAAGUCGAGCUCACCGUGUCCAUUGACGGAGUCACCAUACAAGACCCGAAGACCAAGACGGUGAUGCACAAGUAUCCCUUGCACCGGAUUUCGUAUUGUGCCGACGACAAGUUGGAGAAGCGGUUCUUUAGCUUCAUUGCCAAGGAGGCUGAAGAAGGAAGACACAUGUGCUUCGUUUUCGUGUCUGAUAAACUGGCGGAAGAGAUCACUCUGACGAUCGGACAGGCGUUCGAUCUGGCCUACCGACGGUUCCUCGACAGCCAGGGCAAGGACCUGGAAGCCCGGAAACAGACGCUUUUGGUGGAGAAGCGGGCCAAGAUGGCGGAGGCCGAGGUCAUGGAGCUCAAGUCUCGGCUCCGCGACCUGGCCGCCAUGCUCGCCCCGCAAGACCUCGACAAUGGGGUGAGGUUAUAUGCCUCGAUUUCGGAUGUUCUCGAGCUGAAUAUUCCAGAAGAGAAUCUUAAGAAUUUGGCGAAUGGCGAUGGCAGCGAUUCGAAGCGAGUCGUGAAUCUCAUUUCAGACUUCGACGUACCGGCACUGUCGACACUGUCGAGGGAAGAUUCGUCGGACGACGGACACGGAUUGGAUGCACUGACUAUGUCUUCGCCGCCGCCGCCAGUGCCGCCGCGAACGAACGCGGCCCCGUCACCGACGACCGGCGAUUUAUUGGGUGAGAUUGACGCGAGUUUCGACGGCGCCCCGCCGGCGGUGCCAGGCCCGAGCAUCGUUGACAAUCUCAACUGGAAAGAACUGGAGGAACUCGAGUCUCCGCCGCCUGCUGUUACCAGCAAAAGCAACGGGACGCCGCCAAUGGCCAAUGGACAUCCUGCGAUCGCUGCUUUGAAACUGAGUCCGCCGCCGGGAAAGAACCCGCCCCCGUUGCCCGUGCGUCAGUCUGCUAGCUCAAGCGGCCUGCUUUCCGACAUGUUCUCGUCACCGGCGGCGAUGACGAACACCGCCCCGAACAUGCAUCACGCCGCUUCAACGGCGGCGCUCGGGGAUCGGCACAACCCCUUUGCCCCACGUGGGCACGAUGACCCGUUCGGCAUGGGUCAGUUCGGGAACAAUAACAAGCCUGCCUUCCCGGGCUUCAACGGCGAAGCUUUUAACAAG